CACAAAUUCUGUUUUGGAAAAGAUUUAUUUAGAUUUAAUUAAGUUUUCUAUUGAAUAUGAGUAAAAGAAGCCACAAAUCAGCAAAUGAUGAGCGAGACGAUCCGCCAAUGAGUCGAUUAUUUAUCGUGUGCAGUAAAAAUAACACAGAACAAGAGUUUUAUGAAGCUUUUAAUAGAUUUGGGAAUGUUGAGGAUGUAAAAAUUGUUAAGGAACGAGAUGGAACCAGCAAAGGAGUUGCUUUCGUAAAGUUUCAAAAGACAUCUGAAGCAGCUAAUGCAUGUGAAGGAUUAAAUGGACAAAUGAUAGGUACAAGCUCGAGACCGAUUAAAGUUUUAAUAGCUGCAAGCCGUAACAUGGGAUCAUCAUCAGGCAAGAGCCGUGAGGACGAGAAGGCACAACGAUUAUUUAUAAUAAUUCCAAAAGGAUUUACUGAAGAAAACUUACGUGAUGAAUUCGACAAGUACGGUGAAAUUGAGGAUAUAUCAAUAAUCAGAGACCGAAAGACAAAAGAAGGGAAAGGAUUUGCCUAUAUAAAGUUCAAGAAAUUUAGCUACGCGGCUUUGGCAUUUGAAAAUUGCGAUGAAAAGUAUAAAGCGGUAUUUGCAGAGCCAAAGCCAUCCCGAUCGUCAGGCUCACCGAAUGAUAGUAGCAGUAAUAGCAGCAGUAAUUAUGGUGAUGAUCGAUACGGAAUGAGCCACGAUUUAAUGGUAUCUAAUAGUGGAGAUUGUGCAUUACACGUUAUUUGUAGUCCGAUGAUAACACACGAUCAGCUGUGGAGAUUAUUUGAUAUCGUUCCGAAUAUGGAUUAUUGUAAAAUGAAUUCCGAGUCAGAUUUUUCUAGCAGUGCCACAGUUGUAUAUAAGACACAACAAGCCGCUCUUCAUGCAAGACAAAAGCUUCACGGUUUUGAGUAUCCAAUUGGCGAGAGGUUGAUAGUAAAAUUGUCAUCGGAAAUGAAAAGCACACCCGUUGUUGAUACGCAAAACUUCUUUAACAAUUCAAAUGGCGCAAAUUUCUGCUCCGUGAAUUUACCAAGCCCUCAAGCACAAGCACCUCCCCAAGCACAAUGUGCUCAGAGAUGCUUUAUCGUUUGUUCGCCUCAUGUUCUGCCAAUUCAUGUCCUUAAAAAAGUUUUCUGUAGAUUUGGUAAUCUGAUUGACGUGUACUUGUUGAGUAAUCGUAAUUGUGGCUAUGUGAAAUAUGCAUCGCAUGAAAGUGCCAGACAGGCAAUGAAAACAUUACAUGGAGCUGAGAUAUAUGGUGUUAAGUUGAAAGUAUUAGAAGCUGAAGAGCCAUCCGAGCCACGAAAACGAUCAAAAAUGGAUUUAGAUUAAACAUUCAUUAAAACAAUUAUUGUAUUCAUCCAUUUGCGCACUUAUGACUAUUAUUAUU